AUGCAUUUAAUUCACUCUCUGACCACGCAUGCACAUAUUCAUUUAUAUAAUGCCUCUGGUUUAAUUUCUUUAUUUCUCUUUCUUUUUUUCUUUCUCUUUCUUUCUUUCUUUAUUUCUUUAUUAUCCUUUUUCGGAUUUUUCUUUGUCUUUCUUAAAUUUUUGCAUCCCCAUUUCUUCACAACUUCUGUCAUUUUCCCCUCCUCUCUCUCUUGUCGCUUUUUCCCUCCUCUCUCUUGUCUGUUCUUCCCUCCUCUCUCUCUCUCUUGUCGCUUCUUCCCUCCUCUCUCUUGUCACUUCUCUCCUCAUCUCUCUUGCCGCUUCGUCCCCCCUCUCUCUCUUGUCACUUCAUCCCUCCUCUCUCUUGUCACUUCUUCCCACCUCUCUCUUGUUGGUUCUUCCCUCCUCUCUCUUGUUGGUUCUUACCCCCUCUCUCGUGUCACUUCUUCCCUCCUCUCUCUUGUCGCUUCUUCCCUCCUCUCUCUUGCCGCUUUUUCCCUCCUCUCUCUUGUCACUCCUCCCACCUCUCUCUUGUUGGUUCUUCCCUCCUCUCUCUUGUCCUUCUUCCCCUCUCUCUCUUCUCCUUCUUCCCUCCUCUCUCUUGUUGGUUCUUACCCCCUCUCUCGUGUCACUUCUUCCCUCCUCUCUUGUCACUUCUUCCCUCCUCUCUCUUGUCACUUCCUUCCCUCUCUCUUGUUGGUUCUUAGCCCUCUCUCUUGUCACUUCUUCCCUCUCUCUUGUCCUUCUUCCUCCUCUCUCUUGUCACUUCUUCCCUCCUCUCUCUUGUCGGUUCUUACCCCCUCUCUCGUGUCACUUCUUCCUCCUCUCUCAUGUCCUUCUUCCCUCCUCUCUCUUGUCCACUUCUUCCCCUCCUCUCUCUUGUCACUUCUUCCCUCCUCUCUCUUCUCGCUUCUUCCCUCCUCUCUCUUGUUGGUUCUUACCCCCUCUCUCGUGUCACUUCUUCCCUCCUCUCUCUUGUCCUUCUUCCCUCCUCUCUCUUCUCGCUUCUUCCCUCCUCUCUCUUGUUUGUUCUUACCCCCUCUCUCGUGUCACUUCUUCCCUCCUCUCUCUUGUCACUUCUUCCCUCCUCUCUCUUGUCACUUCUUCCCUCCUCUCUCUUGUUGGUUCUUAGCCCCUCUCUCUUGUCACUUCUUCCCACCUCUCUCUUGUCACUUCUUCCCUCCUCUCUCUUGUCACUUCUUCCCUCCUCUCUCUUGUCGGUUCUUACCCCCUCUCUCGUGUCACUUCUUCCCUCCUCUCUCGUGUCACUUCUUCCCUCCUCUCUCUUGUCACUUCUUCCCUCCUCUCUCUUGUCACUUCUUCCCUCCUUUCUCUUUCCGUUUCUUUUUUUUUCCGCGUCUCUGUCUCUGA